AUGAGGUCCCUUGUCCUGGUCCUUUGCCUUGCUCAACUCUGGGGCUGCCACUCUGCGCCUCAUGGCCCAGGUCUGGGUUAUAGAGAACUGAACUGUGAUGACCCAGAAACAGAGCAAGCAGCCCUGUUGGCUGUGGACUACAUCAAUAGCCACCUUCUUCGGGGCUACAAGCACACCUUGAACCAGAUUGACAAAGUGAAAGUGUGGCCUCGGCGGCCCAUGGGAGAGGUGUUUGAGAUUGAAAUAGACACACUGGAAACCACCUGCCACGCGCUGGACCCCACCCCGGUGGCAAACUGCUCUGUGAGGCAGCUGCAGGAGCACGCUGUGGAAGGAGACUGUGAUUUCCGAGUGCUGAAACAGGACGGCCAGUUUUCUGUGUUGUUUGCAAAAUGUGAUUCCAGUCCAGACUCUGCGGAGGAUGUGCUGAAGGUGUGCCCAGACUGCCCCCUGCUGGCCCCGCUCAAUGACACCAGGGUGGUGCACGCCGUAGAGGCUGCGCUGGCCGCCUUCAACGCACGUAAUAACGGCUCCUAUUAUCAGCUUGUGGAAGUUUCCCGGGCUCAACUUGUGCCUUUUCCAGUUUCAACCUAUGUGGAAUUUGUGGUGGCUGCCACUGACUGUGUUUCUAAAGAGGUCACAGACCCAGCCAAGUGUAACCUGCUGGCAGAAAAGCAAUAUGGCUUCUGUAAGGCAAGGCUCACUGGCAAGUUUGGCGGGGAAGAUGUUGCAGUGACUUGUGUGGUAUUCCAAACACAGCCUGUGUUACCUCAACCCCAACCGGAGGGCACCAACUCACCCACUCCUGCGGAGACCCCCGCCAAGCCUUUGUCUCCUCCAGCUAACCUGCCUGCAGCCACGGUGGUGGUGGGGCCCCUGGUGGCGGCAGCUCCCCCACCAUCCCUACCGGUGCACCGGGCACACUAUGACCUGCGCCACGCUUUUGGAGGCGUGGCCUCAGUGGAGUCAGCCUCAGGAGAAGCAUUCCUUGUGGAAAAAGCACCCACAGUGGUGCAGCCAGGCGUUGCUGUUGCUGCCGGUCCAGUGGUCCGCCCUUGCCCAGGGAGAAUCAGACACUUCAAGAUCUAG